CCGCGCCGCCAUGGCCGACCUGUUCGAUGGGAUCGUGAUGGCCGAGCAGAGGUUCCACGGGGAGGGCUACCAGGAGGGGCUUGCAGAGGGCAGCCACGCUGGCAUGGCUGAGGGCAGGAGGCACGGAGCACUGCACGGAGCCAGGAUGGGCUCAGAGAUUGGCUGCUACCUUGGGUUUGCACUGACGUGGCACUGUCUGCUCCAGAAAUGCACAGAUCCAAAGAACAGCAAAAAGCUAAGGGCUCUGGAUUCAUUAAUAGGGAUGAUUCAGAAAUUCCCAUAUGAAGACCCCACUUAUGAUAAGCUGCAAGAAGAUCUGGAAAAAAUCAGAGGAAAAUUUAAACAGGUUUGUUCAAUGCUAAAUAUUCAGUCUGAUUUUAGACUCGGUAAUGAGAGAUCUUCACUGACAUUUUGAAUGCAACAGAUGAAGAUAAUCGUGGAUGACCAAAGGAAAAGAAACAUUAACAGAACUGGAAAACUGUCUAUCUACUUUUAUAUUAAAAAAAAAAAUCAAAAUAGUGAAGAGAUGUUAAAGGGGAAGUGAAAAAUCACUGGACUUGCAGUAUUAUUUAACAUUUAUUAUCUCCAACUUUUAUUUAGGAUAUUACACACACUAGUGUGUAAAUCUGUUAAAUAGAAAUGUUUGUUUUAAUUCUUUGCUAGUCUUUUACUGAUAAUUCCUCAAAAGGAAAACAAGCAUUUGCACACUUUCCUUGUUUAAAGGAUGUCUGUAACUUAAAAAUCUGUGUAUGCAGAUGAUUCAGUUUACACAAUGUGUACGUGCUGUGGGUGAAGGAAAGUAAAAUCAACUCCCUGCAGACUUUGCAGCAGGAAACAUUUUUGUGGGGAGAAGAUGGAAUGACAAAGGAGAUCAGAAUGCAGAGGAGAAGCAUGAAGAUACCUGCUUAGAAUAUGGAAUUUGCACCUGGAUUUUCCAAUAGUUUUGCAGACUGAUGGGGGAAGGGAGCAAACUCCACAAAAUCCAACCACUUGCCUACAAGUUACCAGUUUAAAUGAUGGAUGAGAUGAACAUGACUGCCAGGAGAGUUGUGAUUCUCAUUGACUAUAUUUGUCAGUACCUCUCACACAGACCAGCUUUUUAUGUGCCAGCCUUGAAAAGUGACAACUUCAGUCUCAUUCCAAACCACUGGAUGCUGCCAGCUGUGUUAGCUGAGAGGAGUGCCUGGAACAGGCUUUGCCUUGGGCUGCUGAUGUCUUUGCAUUCCAGUGAGGAAUUCCAGAAUUCCUUUUACCACCUGUACCCUGUGUGUGUCUGGCUCUGCCUGCAUGGCAUGGGUUCAGCCUUAUGAAUUUGAUAUGAAAUAUGAAAAUCAAAGACAGAUUUGAGGUUUGUGGCUUGUUUAAUUGUCUUACAUGUGAAUUUUGAUCCCCACAGGCAGUGUCAGAGCCAUCUAGUGGAUGUGUGGGAUUGUAGGAGCUCACAAAUAGGUGAAGUGGUUAAAAUAGUACAGAGUGUACACACUCAUGAUGAUUCUAAUUAUGUGGAGAAUAUCUUUGCACUGAAGUAACACUGAGGCAGGAAUGAAUUUUUACUUGUUUCCUCAUUUGCUAAAAUGUCUGUAAAAGCAAGGGCAGGGUUGUGAGAGCUCCAGGUGGAGCAUUUGUUUAAUAGAAGUGUGUGACAUGUGGGUGACAAGCCAAGGUGCUGCUCCAGAGAUUGUAUCAAACACAAUUAUUUUUGUUCAGCUCAGGAGAGAAAGGGUCUCUGGCACUCGGGCGGUGACUUUAUUUGGAAAAUUGGUUUGGUGGCUAAUUUUCUUGUAUUGCUUUAGUUCUAUUUAAAAACAUACAUAAUAAAUUAUUAUGCAAAUACAUGUAUAUAUACUAUACUAUAAGUAUUGUAUCAACCAGGGUUUCCAGCUAGGAUAUACCAAGUUUAGGGUUAUCUGUUAGGUCUUUAUUCUUUUUAAUUAGGUCUUUAAUUAAGUUUCAUUUGUGUGGACACACGGAUGGAGUCUCUUCUUCCAUGAGUCUGUAUUUUUCUGCAUAUCUUCUGUUUCACACCUUGUGUGGGCCUGAUUUAGUUUAUUAAAUGAGGUACAAUUCAAAAUUCUGUUGGAUGUGCAGUUGUGUGCUUUCUUCAGUGCCAUUUUUUUUUGUUUUCUGCAGUGAUUUGUGGGGGUUUGUGUCACGUUCAGUGCUGUGGCAGUGGAACAUUCCCAGCAUUCUGAAGAGGUGUUUUUAUGCCUGAUUUACAGCUGAGGUUUUGGGUAUGCCUGAUUUAUAGCCCAGGUUACAUCAAGAAUAUUCAUUUGUCUUUGUCUUAGGGUCACAAAGACAUAGAAAACCAUGCAACCUUGUACAUUAUGAUACUUGUUAUUAAUAAAGCAGGACACUGAGAUUGUGGCUUGGUGCUGAUUGUCCAAGAAGUUUGAAAUUUCGCAGAAGUAAGACUUCAGAAUAUAUCUCUGUACUCAUUCACCAGCCCUGCUUACAGCUCAGUAGUUAGGGAGGAAUGUUUGAAACAUUUCACUCACCAAUUUCUGACUUGCCUGGACUGAGUUCUAGCUUGUUUUGUCUCUUUGUGAUCAUCUCUCAGCUGAGCCUGUGGAAUAUGGAAUUUUAUUAAAAGGUGGAUACACAGCUCAUUACUGCUAGCUGCUGAAGUCAUGGCAAUCCAGAAGAGUUGUAAUUUUCCUUUCUGCAAUGUGUGAUGAGUACAAGAAAUAGUGAAUUUUGAGGCAGCAGCAGAGAGGUAAACUUUGAAUACCAUUUGGUAAAGUUCCCAAGCACAAUUCUUGUUCUGUCUUCAUGAAGCAACUUCCUUUCCAUUCCUUGUCAGCUGUACUAAAGGUGAUAAAUUCCAUCUUCGUGAAUAUCUAUAAUCGACAGAAACAAGUGAAAUAAAUCAGAAAAAAAAGAACCUAGGUAUGCUUGUUUGCUUCAAAACCAGCCCUGUAGAGGUACUCUGGCUCAUUUGAAUCCUGAUCUGUUUUUCUGAAACAAGGUUGUGAUAAUUUCAAUGUGAAAUUACAUUUUGAGUUUUAAUUUUCCACUAAAUCAGUUUCAAGGUUUAUGUAGGUUUUGGUUUUUGAAGAGAUGCAAGAGAGAGUUUGAGCCUGCCCUGUGUUUAUGAAUGCUUAUUUACACUUUGGCUGGAAAUGCAACUUCCUGCACUGGAAUAAAGGGAAAUCCAUCUGUCAAAAGUCUGCCUGCACCCUAAUAUCCCACAGUGCUUUAGAGUAA